UGUGAUUAGUGGCUAUGCCCCACAGGUAGGAUGUGACCGAGAGGUGAAAGAGAAAUUGUGGGAGCUAGAUGAUGUAGUUCUAAGCAUCCCAGACAGAGAGAGAGUCGUAAUUGGUGCAGAUUGUAAUGGACAUGUUGGUGAAGGUAAUAAGGGUGAUGAAGAAGUGAUGGGUAAGUACGGUAUCCAGGAAAGGAACUUGGAGGGACAGAUGGUGGUAGACUUUGCAACAAGGAUGCAAAUGGCUGUAGUGAACACUUUUUUCCAGAAGAGGCACGAACAUAGGGUGACCUACAAGAGCGGAGGUAGAAGCACACAGGUGGAUUACAUCUUGUGCAGACGAUGUAAUCUGAAGGAGGUUACCAACUGUAAGGUAGUGGUAGGGGAGAGUGUGGCUAGACAGCAUAGGAUGGUGGUGUGUAAGAUGACUCUGGUGGUGGGGAGGAAAAUUAGGAAGACAAAGGCAGAGAAGAGAACCAUGUGGUGGAAGCUGAGACAGGACGAGUGUUGUGCAGCUUUUCGGGAAGAGGUGAUACAGGCUCUCGGUGGACGGGAAGAGCUUCCAGAAGACUGGACCACUGCAGCCAAGGUGAUCAGAGAAGCAGGCAGGAGAGUACUUGGUGUAUCUUCUGGCAGGAAAGGAGAGAAGGAGACUUGGUGGUGGAACCUCACAGUACAGGAAAUCAUACAAGGAAAACGGUUAGCUAAGAAGAAGUGGGACACUGAGAGGACCGAGGAGAGGCGAAAGGAAUACAUUGAGAUGCGACACAGGGCAAAGGUAGAGGUGGCAAAGGCAAAACAAGAGGCAUAUGAUGACAUGUAUGGCAAGUUGGACACUAAAGAAGGAGAAAAGGAUCUAUACAGGCUGGCCAGACAGAGGGAUAGAGAUGGGAAGGAUGUGCAGCAGGUUAGGGUGAUUAAGGAUAGAGAUGGAAAUAUGUUGACUGGUGCCAGCAGUGUGCUAGGUAGAUGGAAAGAAUACUUCGAGGAGUUGAUGAAUGAGGAAAAUGAUAGAGAAGGGAGAGUAGAAGAGGCAAGUGUGGUGGACCGGGAAGUGGCAAUGAUUAGUAAGGGGGAAGUUAGAAAGGCAUUAAAGAGAAUGAAAAAUGGAAAGGCAGUUGGUCCUGAUGACAUUCCUGUGGAGGUAUGGAAGCAUCUAGGAGAGGUGGCUGUGGAGUUUUUGACCAGCUUGUUCAAUAGAAUUCUAGUGCGUGAGAAGAUGCCUGAGGAAUGGAGGAAAAGUGUACUGGUGCCCAUUUUUAAGAACAAGGGUGAUGUGCAGAGCUGUGGCAACUAUAGAGGAAUAAAGUUGAUGAGCCACACAAUGAAGUUAUGGGAAAGAGUAGUGGAGGCUCGACUCAGGACAGAAGUGAGUAUUUGCGAGCAACAGUAUGGUUUCAUGCCUAGAAAGAGUACCACAGAUGCAUUAUUUGCCUUGAGGAUGUUGAUGGAAAAGUACAGAGAAGGUCAGAAGGAGCUACAUUGUGUCUUUGUAGAUCUAGAGAAAGCCUAUGACAGAGUACCCAGAGAGGAACUGUGGUACUGCAUGCGGAAGUCUGGAGUGGCAGAGAAGUAUGUUAGAAUAAUACAGGACAUGUACGAGGGCAGCAGAACAGCGGUGAGGUGUGCUGUCGGUGUGACAGAAGAAUUUAAGGUGGACGUGGGACUGCAUCAGGGAUCAGCCCUGAGCCCCUUCCUUUUUGCAGUGGUGAUGGAUAGGCUGACAGAUGAGGUUAGACUGGAAUCCCCGUGGACCAUGAUGUUUGCAGAUGACAUUGUGAUCUGCAGUGAAAGCAGGGAGCAGCUGGAGGAACAGUUAGAAAGAUGGAGGCAUGCACUGGAAAGAAGAGGAAUGAAGAUUAGCCGAAGUAAAACAGAAUAUAUGUGCAUGAAUGAGAGGGGUGGUGGGGGAAGAAUGAGACUACAGGGAGAAGAGAUGGCAAGGGUAGAGGACUUUAAAUACUUGGGGUCAACCGUCCAGAGCAAUGGUGAGUGUGGUCAGGAAGUGAAGAAACGGGUCCAAGCAGGUUGGAACGGGUGGAGGAAGGUGUCAGGUGUGUUAUGUGACAGAAGAGUCUCUGCUAGGAUGAAGGGCAAAGUUUAUAAAACAGUGGUGAGGCCAGCCAUGAUGUAUGGAUUAGAGACAGUGGCACUGAAGAGAAAACAGGAAGCAGAGCUGGAGGUGGUGGAAAUGAAGAUGUUGAGGUUCGAUCUCGGAGUGACCAGGUUGGAUAAAAUUAGAAAUGAGCUCAUCAGAGGGACAGCCAAGGUUCGAUGUUUUGGAGACAAAGUUAGAGAGAGCAGACUUCAAUGGUUUGGACACGUCCAGAGGAGAGAGAGUGAGUAUAUUGGUAGAAGGAUGAUGAGGAUGGAGCUGCCAGGCAAGAGAGCUAGAGGAAGACCAAAGAGAGGGUUGAUGGAUGUCGUGAGGGAAGACAUGAUGGCAGUUGGUGUUCGAGAGGAAGAUGCAGGAGAUAGGCUCUCAUGGAAAAGGAUGACGCGCUGUGGCGACCCCUAACGGGACAAGCCGAAAGGAAAAGAAGAAGAAGAAGAAGGGUUAUAUAUGGGUGAGAUAUUUUCCCUGGUAUAGUUUGUCUGUCAUCAAACAAUAUGACACAGGGAAAAGCACAAUGUUUUGAGAGACACGGCUGCUAGAAAUAUUGCACUUCCAGUGUCAGCAGCCCAAAUGAUGCUGUUUCUUCACUCUUUGUCUUUUGUAUUCGUGCUGAAAUGAGCCACCCAAUGGAGACUUGCAAGUGGGUCAUAUAUCGAAGUUUUUUUCUCAUCACUCUCAUGAGAGGAGGACACCUGACAUCAGAUGCAUUCUUGUCUCUCAUUUCUGUGGUCAAAUAAGAUAGGACAGCACCUCAUUGAGAGAAAACCUACCCUUAGAAGUCAUUUUCAGUUGCGAGAGAGAGAGAUUGAGGAGAAAGAGAAAACAGCAUCAAGAGAAAUCAGAAUCGGACAAGCAAUGUGAACUAUCAGUAGGCCUAGUUCUUGCACUAUGUUAUGUUAGGUAAGGACCCUAAAGCUAAAAUCACAGGGCACAUAUAAACAAACAACCUUUCACACACAUGUUCACAACUAUCCACAAGUUGGAGUCUUCAAUUAUCCUACCACCCUCUCACCAUUACAUGAGUGUGGCCUGCUAUCAGCAACAAGACCAGCAGUUAAGAUGCCUCCCUUUUCCCCUGAGGACUAUCAUGGACUGCUGCAGAGGAUGUCAAUCCUGGAAACGAAAAUCCACCGUCUCGAAGUGUAUGUGGAUGUAAAUGAACAGUCGGGGAUUGAAACCACUCUACCGAUGUCUCAAAAUGGUGAGCAGAAGUGUGCUAACAGACAGCCACUUAGCUCAACAAAGAGGACAGAUGUGGACUGUGGAAACAGUAAUGGAUCAUCCAUCAGUUCUACCUGGAAUUUACUGGGAGCAAAGUCCAAAGAUAUUGGACAACAUUUAAAAGGGAGGACACAACACCAGCAAAUUACUGAGGAAUCCAGCUGACCUGCGUUGCGAGCUGCUUCAACUCCGAGUGAGUGGCUGUGACGAUCGCGACAGUGAAGGGCAAGAAAAAAAGGACGCGAGUCAAUGCAAAACAUUGACAUCAGACUUACAAAUAGAUUUGAGCCACUUUUAAAAGAUCCUGGCCUAGAA